GUUUAUUGAUCAGCCCCGGCGUGUCAUCCUUGCAGUAAGAGAUUUGAAAGGAAAUCCCUUCCAGCACCAAAUUGUGAUCCCGAAAGUAUUACCGGAACAUCAGGAAAUAGCGAAGAAUGUCCCAAAUUGAAAUAAUUCAAAAGAUCUCCAACUACCUCCACGUGGAUCCGGGAAAAUUAUCCCAGAAUCGUGAGAAGGUGGUAACAAGAACACUCAAUGGGGAUAAACACGUCAUGGGAUUUGCAACAAUUCUCGGAAGUUUAGCUGGGAAGAAGUAUAAGAAUUUGGAGGAGGAGUGUUUAGUACGGCAGUGGAUUGAGUACUGCAGCUUGCAUGCGAAUCCCACUCUCCUGACCAAUAGGAGUCAUCAAAGGUGCCUCCUGGAGGAGUUAAAUGCCUACCUUGCUACACGAUCGUACUUUGUUGGUCAUUCCCUAACCCUAGCUGAUGUUGUUGUCUUCUAUUCCCUCAACCAGACCAUUGCAAGUUUCCAGAAUUCAGAUAAAGAGAAAUUUAUCCACCUGUCGCGGUGGUUUGAUCACAUCCAACAGGUGGAGAGUGUCCGUCAGGGGAUGAUGCUUGUGAAUUUCACAUCACUACGCACAAUCCGCUGAAUGAGCACGAAAUCUCAAUGCCAUCGCCAUCGUUAAUAAAGAUAAUGAGAAAUCUUA